AUGGUCAGCUUCCAAGAUCUACUAGAGUGGUACGAUGACUUGUACUCUCGUACUGUCGACCUUGUCGGAGACUAUGCGGGUGACGAACUUUUCAUCAUUGAAGGAGACUCACUGCUUCUUCACUCCUUCUCGGACGCAAAAAUCGACCUUUCUUUCGGCUUUCAACUACUCCAUGCGACCUACAUCGUGGAGAACUUCCUUCGUGCUCUUCUCCAGCGGAAGUGCAAAUUCCAUGUCGUGUUCUUCUCCAGAAAUGCGCGCAUGUGCCUUCCGCGGGAUACCACAGCUCACCUUCGCACUAGGUAUCUCCUUGCUCGAGAAGCAAUCAUUCAACACCUCAGCUGUAACCUUCCUCUCACUGUCCCAUACGUAGAAGUCAAAGUCUUUGACUCGUAUUGGUCCUCUGAUUUUGAGGAGUAUCUGGCAUCAACAGGAGCAUACUUCUUCCUGUGCCAUGACGGGUCAUUCCCACGGUCGGACAAACAAGACAAAGACGAUGACUCUCCAAAAGACGAUGACGGCGACACCUCAGCCCCUUCCGAAUUGCAAGCGAGCCGCGAUCCAAUCAGCAUUUCCAGACACGGCGGUGGUAUAAUCGAGAAAGGUAGCUUCAAAGAGCCUCGACUUGAUUAUUCUCGGAAGGUCGCAAUGCGGUCAAUGAUCCAUUGGUUCAUUGGACAUGGCUAUAAUAUUGCUCUUAUCACCACUGUGGAAUACCGAGAUACAAAGGUCAUGGCAAUGAUUGUGGAAGGCUCCAGAAUGCGAAUAAGACAGCUGCGGCAGGCACAAAACAACUCAUCACCAAUAUCUCCUAAAUCUGAGAGUGGAUCCCAAUGUGUAUUCGAACCUCCGUUCAGAGACCCUCCGUUCAGAGACCCUCCGUUCAGAGACGCUGCUUGCGAUCUGAUCGAAAACCAAGAAACUGGAAGUGAAAUUGAAGAUCCCGUCCUCAACACAAAGCAAAACUCGAACACCAAGGAAGCGCACUUCCAGACGUCGCAAACAGAGGCCCUAGCAGAAACGUUGAAAAUUCUAGAUCGCACGUCAGGGUCAGCUCCGACACAGCGGGUGUUACUGAUAGUCUCGACAUUGAGUCUCAUGUUCAGAUCUGGCAAAAUUGGUUCCUCUUUUGUGCUAGAAGCCUGUGCGAUGCUCUUGCAUGUCAUAGUGAUGCAGGACUGUCGUCUUUGUGAUCGAGCCUUUGACUUCGAAUGCUCUGCUACAAGCAUGAGAUUCUUGACGGAUUUUGUCGACACGGCCCGUGACAUCCUCUUGUCAGAUCCCUGGCGAGAAACUGUGCUCCGUUUAAAACGACCCUGUGACCUUGGCGAUCUGCUUGAUGGGCGACUAUUUCUCAACAUUGCGUCCGAGCUUCAGGAGCCUGGUGCUCAACAUGCCCUUGGUCCCUCAUUGCUCUCAUCAUUCAGAGCUCUAGCAUCCCUCUUGGAUGACGCCUGCGGCGUCAACUUGCAGUUCGAGUCGGAGAUCCAGAAAACUCGACCUCAAGUCACUAUCACCAUGCAAAACGCUCGCUUCAACGCAACACCACUCACGAGCCGAAUAAAAGGCUCGAUCAUAUCGACGAAUGGAUCUGGGAUCUCGACGACCGUACUUCCGUUCAACAAUUCCGUGUUCAAUGCUCACCUACGCCCCAUCCAACUGGCCAUAGAUGUCUCUGUCAGCGAAGAGGCCACGUCACGAAUCUUCAAAGAGCUCAGCCACUGGCACAACCACCGGCACCCCAUCGACAACAAGGCCAUUAGCGGAAUGGCAGAAUGGCAGAAAGCGCGUGCUAAUCGGCGUAAUCAGUUGUUCAUGACCGAGACAAGGGACUACGCCGCAAGCUUGACUAACGCUGUUGGAGGUCUUUUAGAGCCGGAAACAGUCAUUGUAACGUCAUCCAGAAGUCGAGUGCAGAAGGCAAAAGCGGAUUCAGUAGGGACAAAUGGUGUCUCCAUUAAGUCCAAGGUUCAGAAAACUCCUGCCCAGGGCGGAAAGAAUCAGAGCUUGAAACCCAAGGUCAAAGACCAAGCCGCGGCAGCUACCCUGGAGAAGGAGAAAAAGGACAUUGCCAAGCAGAUCGAAGCAUGGAAUUCCAAGAGAACCGAGUUUGCUAAAGAACGACACCUCACGUCUCGCGUCUUAAUGGUCAAGAACUACCUGAAAAGCCUGCCAACGAAGAAGCGGGUCGUAGUGGAAGCUGAGGUGUCGACGUACCUGCUCUCCGUUUUGGUUGAAAUGUGGACAAAGCAUUGUACGUCUGAAGAUCGGGUCCAUUCUAUGGCGAUUAUGGGGCUCGUUUGGAAUCAGAUGCUCCAGAUUAGAAAACUCGACCAAGGGAUCACUGCCGAAAUUGCAACUUACAUUGCCAAUACGGUCGAGGCCUUCCGUUUGCCAGCCUUGGAAUCAAUUCCAGUCCAAGAACAACGGAGUCCCCACCUCAAAUUCGUUGACUUGAGGUCUACGAAUGCAGGUUUGGAUAUUCAACUAUCGCCCCUGGAAUUCCAGCUUGUCCAUGCUGGGCCAUUCUUUGAUCGAGACAUGGGCUCGGCACCGGAUCCUCGCGUGCGUGAUUUCGAGCCAGACAAGUGGCAGCGGGACGUGCUGGACCAAAUCGAUAGGAAGAAUAGUGUCUUUGUGGUCGCUCCAACCAGUGCAGGAAAGACCUUUAUUUCAUUUUAUGCUAUGAAGCAGGUCCUCGAGGAGGGCGAUGACGGAGUACUGGUCUACGUUGCCCCAACCAAAGCGCUUGUGAAUCAGAUUGCCGCUGAGGUACAGGCUCGAUUCUCCAAAUCGUUCAAGCACCCUGGAAAGUCAGUCUGGGCCAUAUAUACACGCGACCACCACGUCAACAGCCCUACCGGGUGUCAGGUUUUGGUCACGGUUCCUCACAUGCUCCAGAUCAUGCUUCUUGCUCCGUCGAAUGCGAACGACUGGUCUUCUCGGGUCAAACGCAUCAUAUUUGACGAGAUUCACUGCAUUGGCCAGGCCGACGAUGGGGUUGUGUGGGAACAGUUACUUCUUCUUGCUCCUUGUCCUAUCAUCGCACUUUCUGCCACAGUCGGCAACCCACGAGAAUUCAACGCCUGGCUCAGCAAGACUCAGGAGACCAACGGUAUCCGACUCGAGAUGAUAGAGCAUCGGCACCGCUACUCAGAUCUGCGAAAGUAUGUCUAUAAUCCACCACAAAAAUUCCUCUUCAAUGGCUUGACGGUCUGUUUGGAGUUGCCUUCUGUAGGGAUUGAUAAUGCCACUGGGAUAAGUUUCAUGCAUCCGGUUGCAAGCUUAGUCGACCGCUCGAGAGGGAUACCCGAUGAUUUGACUCUCGAACCACGAGAUUGCUGGACGCUGUGGAAUGCCAUGAAGAAACACCAAACAGAGGCAUUCCCCGUUGAUGAACGACUAGACCCUUUCAAAUGUCUACCACCAAUCCUACGCAAAGUCGACAUUAUUGAGUGGGAAGCCAAGCUGAAGGCACUUCUGAAAGUUUGGGUUGACGAUCACAAAUCACCUUUUGAAGUGGUAUUCACAGAACUGGAGCAAUCUGUAAGGAGCGCACAGCGACCAGAUUUACAGAUAUCCUCGGGUAAACUGAACGACAGCGAGUCUCCACGUUUGGUUCGGGACGCAGACUGCUUCGACACCACGCUCCCGCUUAUUUGUUCGCUUCAUGACGAAGGAGCACUUCCAGCAUUAUUCUUCAAUUUCGACGGGAGUGCGUGUGAGCUUAUCGGUAAGCGUCUCCUGAGAGAGUUGCAGGAGGCAGAAGCUCGCUGGAAAGAAUCUAGCAAAGCUUGGAAGUCCAAAAUCGAUAAGUGGGAAGCCUGGAAGCAGAACCAGGAAAAACAGGGUAGGAAGAAAGUGCCCAAGAAGACCAAGAGGAGUAAUGCCAACGACGAGCCUACGACCAGGACCGAGCGGAUGCGAGAAGCUGGCUCGGAAGAGUCAAGCAUUUAUGAAUCUUUCGAUCCAAACGAUCCAGUUGACGGUUUCCAUCUUGCAGACACGCAGAAGCUCACUCCGUCAGAGUUCCAGCAGUGCGCUGAUGAGCUCAAGGCACGUUUUGUGUCUGACUGGCUGAUCGACGCUCUGAAGCGAGGCGUCGGUGUGCACCACGCAGGCAUGAACCGCAAAUAUCGUCAAGUGUGCGAGAUUUUAUUCCGCAAGGGGUACUUACGUGUAGUGAUAGCCACUGGUACGCUGGCCCUGGGUAUCAACAUGCCCUGCAAGACCGUCGUCUUCUCAGGAGACUCGAUCUUCCUGACGGCUCUCAACUUUCGCCAAGCGGCCGGUCGAGCCGGACGUCGGGGUUUUGAUGUCUUGGGAAAUGUGGUCUUCCAGGGAGUAUCGUAUUCAAAGGUCUGCCGCCUGCUCAGUUCAAGGCUCCCAGACCUGAACGGCCACUUUCCAAUCACGACUGACCUGGUAUUGCGGCUUUUCAACUUGCUGCAUGAAUCGAAACACGCAGCAUAUGCUGUUAAGGCAAUCAAUUCGAUCCUUUCCUGCCCCCGUAUCUAUCUGGGUGGUCCAGAGUCGAAGCAUACUGUCUUGCAUCAUCUACGGUUCUCUAUUGAAUAUCUUCGCCGCAAUCACUUGUUGGACGCUUCGGGUGCCCCUCUGAAUUUCACCGGUUGCGUGUCUCACUUGUAUUACACUGGAAAUUCAAGCUUUGCCUUCCACGCGUUGCUCAAAAGUGGAUAUCUUAGCAAGCUUUGUGAGGACAUUCUUAUCAGACCUAGGCGAGUUCUGCUCACUCUGAUGCUCGUCAUGUCGCACCUCUUCGGACGUCAAUAUCUGAGACAGUCUGUUCUGGAGUCGCGCCGUGCGGAAACGCGGUGGUCGUCAUCGGUCGUCGUCCUCCCUCCUCUACCAAAACAAGCAGCGAGCAUCCUGUUGGAUCACAACGAUCAAACACUAGACAUUUAUGCUGCGUAUGUGUCAACCUACAUCGACCAACACGUCAAAGAAGUUGACCACAAUCUGCCACUCACUGGGAUGAAAUGUGGCGGAGACAAGCCAUUACACGAGAUUGGGUUGUCGGUAGCUGCUCUCCCCCCGGUGCGCAUCAAUUCUGCUUUCGUUGCCCUUUCAGGCCAUAGAGACGAGUGGAAGACAGUGUCCGACCUUUGCAAGAUGGUUCGCAGUGGUGUCUGGCUAGAGGAGGCCGUAGUUCCCUACGUGGGGACCUAUCCAAACGAGAGCACUGCACUCUUGAACGCAUACCUCUACGACUUCUUCAAACACGGCAAUGUGGUGGCCCUCGAGAAGGAAAAUGGCAUUCGUAAAGGAGACAUCUGGUUUGUACUCAAUGACUUCUCGCUUGUCCUCGCGACUAUCGUGACUAGUUUAGAGAACUUUCUAAAGCUCUCCCUGUCGACUGGAAAUGAGAUGUCGGACAUCAUGGGCUGCGGUGAUAUGCACGAGUCAGAACUUGAUGACAGAGUCCUGGAAGGUGAUUUGGGCAAUAAGAGAGCUCCCAAUUCUCGGGUGCUGCCGAGUCGCGAGAUGGCAAAGCAAGACUCGGCCUCUGCAAAAGCGACAUCUAGCCUGGGGAAGAAGAAGAUGGCUGACAGUUGGGAAGAGGAUAUGAGCGACGAUAUGGCCGAAACCAACGGCGCUGUUCCUGAAGCCAUUGGUGAGGCGAUCAAAGCAGCCAAAAUGGAGAAGAAGCGUCAUGCAAUUGAUAAGAAGAAACUGCAGAACGCGGUGAAAGCUGAGAGCGAGGUGUCGGAGCCUGGAGGUGACCUGUCAUGGAAGGUUCUGAAGACGUUUACCAUGCUCCAAGCCGAGUUCAACCAGAAAUUCAAGGCAAUGUGGGCAUAA